AUGUUCUUGUGUUUCAGGUACCAGUGGAGUGAAUGAGACUCAUGUGUUCAUCAGUUCUGGUGAAGAUGUCCGUCUGCUCUGUAAUAAUGCUCUUCAUGACUGCACAUCAACUACAUGGAACUAUAACAGUUAUUCAGCAGCAGUUGAACUGAUUGGUUCAGGGAUAAAGAAGAACAACACAGAGAGACAUGAGAGACUGAGUCUGGGGUCUGACUGCUCUCUGAACAUCAACAACAUCAAUAAAGAAGAUUAUGGAUAUUACACCUGCCAACAAUGGACUGGUGUGAAUAGAGACCAAAAACAAGGAACUGAUACACAUGUUUAUCUGCAUGUUCUUCACGUCUCUUCAUCCUCCUCCUCAUCCUCACAGACUGAGAUCAGUGCAGGCCGCUCUGUGACUCUCUUCUGUCAGUUGUAUUCAUAUGCUGAAGGCUCUUGUGAUGAUUGGAUCCGUUCUGAGAGAAUUGAGCUGUUCUGGGUGAAUCAGACUGGAGUUAAACUGACGAGAUCAGACUCCAGAUAUCAGAUAUUAUCCUCAUCACAUCACUGUAUCAUCACUCUGAAUACAACACUCCUGAAUGAAUAUCACAACAGAGAGUGGAGAUGCAAUGUUACUCAAAGAGAUCAAGUCAAGAGCUCCGUCAAAUACACUGUCAAGAGUUCAG